GCUUGCCCUUGAUCUUCCAACCCGCCGGAUCCUGUCCAUCCACCGCAUCUGCAUCUCCAGCCCCCAUGAGCCAGGCAAUUCGACCCGCUGCAAUCCGGUCGGCUGCGAGCCUCAUCAUUUGCGCCCGCAAGAACAUUGGCGAUUCAGCGCCAUCGUCCGCCGGGAACUUCAGGAUCCUGACCGUGAAACGCAACGACUCUGGAUCCUAUGCUUCGGCGCACGUCUUUCCUGGAGGCAAGCUCGAGCCCGUGGACACUCUACCCUGGAGAGUGCACGGCGCAGCCGAGCCCAAUCUCGACCAUCGACUUGCUGCCAUCCGAGAAUCCUUCGAGGAAGUGGGGUUCCACGGUCUUCUCGACUCGCCUCCCAAUAGCAGCCCCAACUUUGUUCAGCUGAGGAACCAGCUCAACGCCGGACAGAUCAACUUCCAGCAGCUCUGUACCGACCACAAUCUCGUCCCAAAUGUCUCCAAGAUGGUGCACUGGUCCAGCUGGAUCACUCCGCCAAUGAUCUCGCACAGGUUCAACACCCAGUUCUACUUGACCGUGGCCGAUCGCUCUCGGCAAGAGAUCCUAGACCUUGGCUCGGACGGCACAGAGGUUGUUCAGCUAGAUUGGCUGUCUCCAAAGGAAGCCAUCGAUGCUUUUGAUCGUGGAGACAUCAAUCUAUUUCUGCCACAGUACUACACACUCUGGGAACUUCAGAGGUAUUCGCUGGAGGACCUGGAGGCCCUUGUCGCCAAGAUCUCGAGUCGGGCAGUGCCUCCCACUUUCGAUCCGGAGCUGCAAGUAGAGGACACCAAGCGGUCGUUCCUGGCGCUGCCGGGUGACUACAUCCACUCAUCUUCGCCAGGUAGCGAUGGCGACAGAAGGAAUAUCCAUCGGGCAUACUUUGAGCGCCACAAGGGAGCCUUUACAAAGUGGAGUAUCUGUCGCAGUGACGAAGAACUUGCAAAGCUUUAGUAUUGAACAAUAAAAACGGGACACCCGUGAUUUUGACGAUUGAUCAAA